AUGGCGCUCUACUUGACUGCGCUGCUGCCUGCGGCAAUCAUGCUUGGAUACAAGAUCUACAUCAACGCUCAUCGGAGGAGUCAGAAGGAUCAUACAAAGUCGAUGAUGGGCCGUGGAGGCAUCCAAGACGACUUCUCCUGGCGUAUCUCAAUCAGGACGCUGCGCUUCGUUUUCAUGCUCAUCACCAUGCUGUCCACCAUUGCGGCCGUUCUGGGCUACAUUGUGGUGAGCGCGGGAUUGGAGACGUCUGGCUCCUUGCUUUUGGAAUGUGGAAAGAGCAGCAACGGCAAAGCUCUGGAGCAAGUGAAUGAGAAGCUGCGCGAGUUCGCCUCUUCGUCUCAGUGUUCCGACUCUGCACCACUAGACCAAUGCCACGGCUUCGCCAAGGCAUUUCCGCCUCCGUCCCCUUGGGCCACUUACACCAAGGUGCUCGAAAUGGAGUUGGAUUGCGGUGGGUGGUGCAAGAAGGAGCCGGCGCUCUUCCGCACAGAUACAGAGAAGGGAUCGGAGGCCUGCGCAACGAACCUCGGCCGACAUCUGUGGUGGGUGGCUGCCUUUACCGGGGUUCCAACAAUGGUCAGUGCUUCGAUCUUGGCCUUGUUGGGAUUUGUGCUCUACAGCUACGACGGGCUUUGA